AUGUUUGACAUAAAGGCUUGGGCUGAGUAUGUUGUGGAAUGGGCUGCAAAGGAUCCAUAUGGCUUCCUUACAACAGUUAUUUUUGCCCUUACUCCAUUGUUUCUAGCAAGUGCUGUACUGUUCUGGAAAUUGGCCAAGAUGAUUGAGGCCUGGGGAAAGGAGCAAAAGAAAACACAAAAAUGCCAAGAAAAUAUUGCAAAAGCUAAACAACUGAAAAAGGACUGA